AUGCAAGUCGCUGUGGUUAUUACUUGUUGAAGCACAAUGGAAAGAAUGCUAUGUAUCUGCAUUGGAAUUUACUGCAUGGUGUGUGUUGAGACGAUACCUUGGAUCAAGACGCAAUGCAUAAACACUGCGGAUAGUUCUGACUGCAGUGGUUUGGCCCUUCAGCGUGUACCGGACGAGAUCCCAGACACCAUCAAAACUCUUGAUUUCAGCUUCAACUACCUCCCAAUGCUAUAUAACUCAACUUUCCCAAGACUCAGAAGUCUGGUUUCACUGGAUUUAACAAGGUGCAGCAUUAAUUUCAUAUACGAGUACGUCUUUCAACAUCAGGUCAACCUCGAGAGUCUCAUUUUGGUAGCAAACCCACUGAACUUCAUAUCAGACAGUGCUUUCUCAGGACUGAUUUUCCUAAAACACUUCAGUCUAGCUGGGUCAAUGAUACGCAGCCUCGUGGACAUCCCAAUAGCCCAUCUUGAAUUCUUAGAGACUCUGGAUCUUAGAGGAAGUGACAUUCACAGCUUGGAUGGUCUGGAAAAUUUUGAACUGCAACACAUGAAGAAGCUCCUUCUAGAUAUGAAUUCGAUUGAGAAGAUACAAGUGAUUGACAUGAAGACACUUCAGGGAACAAGCGGGCUGGAGAUCAGCUUUAAGGGAAAUGAUCUCGUUGACGUCGAAGCGAACGCUUUUCAAAACUUGGACGUGGGCAGCUUGGAUUUUAGUGGUUGCUUCAACAAAAUGAACAUUUCUGUACUGCUGAAAGGGUUAGAGGGAGUGAAAACUUACAAGCUUUACUUGGGGGCAUACGAGGACAGCCUUCAUAGACAAUCCAAGCUGACCAAUUUUCAGUCUUUCUGUAACAUAUCAGUGGUUGAUGUAAAUUUUCAGCUGCAACAUUUUCUUGAUCUUACAAACACGAGCUUUAGGUGUUUCUCAGAAAUUCAGAGGUUAGAUUUCACCAGAUCACACCUUUCAGCAUUUCCAUCCAAUUUGUCCAACCUGUCCAUGCUGUCUCACUUGGUACUGGAUGAGAAUUCUUUUGAUAAUGUAUGUCACAUUAAUGCAGCAAGCUUCCCCAUGCUGACACAUUUGUCCAUAAGUGGAAACUUCAAAUUUCUUAAUUUCCAAGAAAACUGUUUGGAACCUCUGUCCUAUCUGGAGGAGCUACAACUUAGCCAUAGUAGCUUGAUUACUGGACAACUUUGCUGCAACAAACAACUGACUGGUCUCAGAGAACUAAAAUCCCUGAAUCUCAGCUAUAAUUUUCCCAUGAAGUGGGAGCCAUUGCCAUUUAACGCCACUCCAAACCUGAAGCAUCUUGACUGCACACACACCAAAUACGCCCUCAACAGCAGCUCUCCAUUUAACAAUCUAGAAAACCUUCAAACUCUUAAUCUUUCAUUCACAUCCUUAAACCUUUUGGACUAUGCUCAUAUACUAAAAGGCCUGACCAAGCUACGGGUGCUAAACCUAAAAGGGAACACGAUACAGGGUAGCGUUCUUGUAAAAACAAAGAACUUUGAUUAUGUUCCUCAUUUGGAGAGCCUGGUUCUCUCUUCAUGUGGCAUCACAGAACUCAGUGAAAAUGUCUUUAAAGCCCUUGCUAAUCUCAAAAAUGUAGAUCUCAGUGAAAAUCAACUACUUAAACUCAGCCUCACUAAUUUCUACUCAUUAAGCCAGAUCCAACUCAACUUUGCCAGCAAUAAAAUUACAGUCGUGGACGUUAAAACUGUUGAAGACUUGGGGACAAGCAGUAGCAUUGAUCUGAGCUCCAAUCCACUGGUCUGUAACUGUACUAACUAUCAGUUUAUUACGUGGGUUAAAGAAAAUGUUAGCAAAAUGAAACACAUAGAAAAGACAUUUUGUGAUGGCACAAACGAGAAGGUUAUAGACGUAGACCUGCAGUGCGUCUUUUCAAACCGAGCGCUAGGGAUUGGCCUCGGAAUCACAAUAGUGAUCAUGAUUAUAAUAUUUCUGUUGUAUUUUGUGAGGAAAAUUCAGGUACGAUACAGACCCUACUCAAGACUGUAG